AAAAACGAAACCGCUGUCAACAGACGUGGAUGUGGAAUAUACAUUUUAAAUUUUUCUCAAUUUACAUUUUAUUUAUUCGAAAACUCUUGCAAAUAAGAAAACAUAAUUUAAUUUAAAAAAAACACACCAAUUCCAAAUGUGAUCAUAUUAAUAUAGAAUGGAUAAAACGCACAUCUUCAAGGCUUGCUUAAAAGCCAUCAAAGACGACACACAUCCUGUUCCAGAUAAAAAUCGUAUCCUCCAAACUCGUCCCAGAGAUGAAUUCGCAAAACAGGCCAAGGAUGCUUGCAACAAAAUCACCACCUUGAGGAAUGUUUUGCUGGAAAAUCGUUCGGCUUACAUGAAGAUAGGAAUGCACCUAAAAUCCUCCGCCCAGAUGACCGACGGACAGAGAGAUCUAAUCGACCGAGAAUCGGAAAAGUUUGUUAACUUCUAUACUGUACAUCUGGCUCAAUUGCGCAGCGAUUGGAAGAAGAUCAAACGAAAACGACAACAUCAACAACACAUCGAGGUUGUUCUCGAUAUGUUGACCGAGUAUCUGAAGAAUGUGUAUGACAUUUUUCUGGAACAAAAGAAAUACAGGGUCCAACAUGAGCUAGAUAGUUAUCGUCUUCUCAAGUUGGCUUCGGAUAAGAAGAAAAUUCCAGUUCGACCUGGUGGAGAGAUUGUGAAGAAACCUUUGACGGGCAAACUUUCCUCUGACUCGAGUGAAGAAUAUAUUCCCAAUGGUAGUGACCAUGAAAGACACCAUUCGUUAUCCAAUGGACAAGAUCGGUCUUCCCAAUCCCAUCGAGGUUUAGAUUCAGAGAGUGAGGAUUAUGAUGAAGAUGGCAAUGAUGAUUAUUUUGACGGCAAUCCAACAAGUAGCCAAUUGAGUCGAAUUAGACAAAAACUAGAAACAACCGAAGCAAAAGUAGCUCUCGAUGAAGACAUCCAGAAAUCUCAGCAAUUAGUUGAUGAGGAAACUAAAGAACUCAGUCCCGAAGACAUUCAAAUGUUCGAAGAGGAAAAUGUUCAGCUGUUCCACGAGCUCCAGGGACUAUCGGAAGAAGUAGAGUUGAUUGAAAAAAAUGUGGUUGAUAUUGCCCAGCUGCAGGAUAUAUUCACAGAGAAGGUAUCUCUACAAAAACACAAUAUCGAGAGGAUAGCUAAUGCAGUUAUAGGAGCGACAGAAAACGUUAAGGAUGCCAAUGAGCAAAUAAAGCAAGCAAUUCAACGCAAUGCAGGCCUUCGAGUCUGGUCGUUAUUCUUUCUGUUAGUUAUGUCCUUCGCUUUGUUAUUUUUAGAUUGGUACUAUGAUUAAAACAAAAGUAUAUUAUAAUAUAUAAUUAAUUAAAAAUUAA